GAUCCGAGCCUCGUUUGUCCCGCAAGAGACUGGACUAACAUAUCUGAUAAGCCCAAUGAAGAACAGCCUGGACGGCGGCGGACCAACCGCGACAUUCGGCGAUAAGCUGCGAGUCGCCAAGGGAGAUGCUAGAGAAUCCAAUCAAGGGAGAUCCAACCGGGCGGGGAAUCUCAGCGCAUCUUCCCCUCUUUUUCAGACCUGCAGGCGCUCGGAUCUCCCCCGACUCCUGCAGACGCAUGGCGAUAAAUCCAUUGUCUGGAUUCCUUGAAACAAUUUUCGUUAUUCUUCCCCUUCUCGGCAGAAUCAUGCUGGACAAGCAGACCGAGUCUCUCCCACUGGUGGAGGAAAGACCGCUACUCCAUCAACCACCGCAUCAAUACCGGAGGUCUAUUCUGCACUUUUUUACCAGCGCUGGUCUACUGUUGCUUAGCAUCUACGCGCUCUUCCCAGUAAAGGCUGUCGCUCUUCAGCCCCUUCCAGCAACCGUCGUCGGUUACACCAUAUGAAUCUUUCGAGCGAUGUUCAAUUGAGAAUCUUCGAGAAACAGAGUACUAUUUUCUGGAUACCGCUGCGCCCAUCUCAGUUGAGGAGUUCGAUGAGCGCAG